AUGCUGUCUCGUGCAAAAGGGCUAUUUGGUGCCGUUCGUCCUAAAAAUCAGCAUUCACUAGAAAACUUAAAAUAUUUAUGUAAUUUAUUACAACGAAAUCAAACAGUAUCUGAUAGUAAUCGAGAUUUAUUGAUUGAAACAUUACGAUGUAUAUCGGAAAUAUUAAUAUGGGGUGAUCAAAAUGAUAGUUCUGUAUUUGACUUUUUUUUGGAAAAAGGCAUGCUCAAUUAUUUUUUGAGUUAUAUGCGUCAAAAAUAUGGUCGAUAUAUUUGUGUUCAAUUAUUACAAACAUUAAAUAUAUUAUUUGAAAAUAUUCGAAAUGAAACAUCUUUAUAUUAUUUAUUAUCAAACAAUCAUAUUAACAAUAUAAUCAUGCAUAGAUUUGAUUUUUCUGAUGAAGAAAUAACAGCCUAUUACAUAUCCUUUCUUAAAACAUUAUCAUUAAAACUUAAUUCAUCUUCAAUCAAUUUCUUUUACAAUGAACGUAACAACGAUUUUCCACUCUAUGUUGAGGCAAUUAAAUUUUUUGAUCAUCCAGAAACGAUGAUUCGCAUUGCUGUUCGUACAUUAACACUCAACGUAUACAAAGUCUCUGAUCCUGCAAUGCAUCGUUAUAUAUUAGAUCGUACAGCGACACAAUAUUUUUCAAAUUUUGUCUGGUUUAUGAGAAAUCAUAUACUCGAUUUUGAUAAUUUAAUAAGAAAUAAUCGCGAUAUUAACAAUCGUGGUAAUUUAACAUUUGCACUUGAAGAAUAUCUUGAUCAUUUACAUUAUUUACAAGACAUAUUCUUAUUAAAAGUUGAUAAUUUAAAUGUUGUUUUGAAAGAUCAACUAAUGAAUCGUUUACUUGUACCUAUAUAUGUUUUUUCACUGAUUAAACGAGAUAAAUUUCAUAGAGUAAAAGAUCCUCGAGUUAUGGUUGAUCAAGCAUCAUCAUUAUUUUUACUUGCAGAAAUAUUUCUUGUUAUUCAUUAUAUGCCGAUUGUUGAGCAAUUAGCUGAUAUAAUUUUAUCAGCUGAUAUUGAAACAGUCGAAGCUGUACAAAGACGAUUCGGCGAACAGGUACUAUUUACGACACCUCCUGCACCACUUGGUGUCUGUUUGGCAAACUCAGAUUCUAGAGAAAAAUUAAAUCAAAAAUCUCAAGCAGGUGACGUUUCAUUGAACGUUGUGGAUAUCAAUGAUGAUGAUGCUGUACGACGUUAUGAAGGUGGAAAAAAUAUAAGUGCAAAUCUUUCUCCACCAUUAUCAUCUUCAUCAAGAUCGUCAUCAAUAAGUCGUGAUCGUUCACCUCAAAAAUUGGAUACAUCUCUUACACCAUCAUCAGUCUCGUCAGUAACAUCGAAAACAGAGUCAUUAUUCGUAUCUAAUUGGACAGAUGAUGAAAAAUGCAAACGACAAUUUACACAUACAUCAUUUAAUGAUUUACAGCUGGCACAACGGCCAUAUUUUGAAGCAUUAAUUAGUGCACUGGAUUGCUUUGAAAACGAUCAAAAAUGUUUUUAUUCUCUUAGUUUAAUAUUUACCAUGUGUAACAAUCCAUCUGUGGAUAGUGUUAUUUUAGAAUCUGUUGGAUUAACAGUAAAAUCAAAGGAAAAGCAAUUUUAUAAUACUAUUCUGGUAGAUCAAUUAUGUGAAAUUCUUAAAUUAUCCACAUUACCAGAUUCGAAUAUUCGUCUUGUGACAUUAGAUUUAACUAUUACGAUAUUGAAAAGCCUUGUUUAUGAUGAACAAAAAUGUGUAUCAUCAUUAUCUGAUCAUCAUUUUGCUUGUGUUGAACAUGCUCGAGAGCAAGCAACAGAAGAUUUAAGACGACAUUAUAAAGAUCAAGAAAUGUUCUUGGAUUUAUUUGAAGAUGAAUAUCGUCAAAUACACAUUAAUCCUGUUCGAUUAGAAUAUUUAUUGAAAGAUGCCUGUAUGUUAUUACCACCCACUACAACACCUUUGAGUGGAAUUGAGUUUAUAAAACGUUUGCCAUCUGGUGAUAUUGAACGAGCAAGAAGAUCGAUUCGUGUAUUUUUCUUGUUACGUGCGUUAUCAUUAAAAUUAAAUUCAACAGUUGAAACACUCUUACCGUUGGUACGGCAAGAAACUUUAGUUAACGAAAAUGAUGCUCUUGAUUUAAAUAAUAGUGAUUUAAUUUGUUGUACCGUUCAUAUGAAAGAAAAAAAAGAUCGUCGAUUUCUUGUAACAAAUCCAAUGCAAUUUAUUUUGAUUGAACCUGAUGUUAAACGUUUAGGUUGGGGUAUUGUUAAAUUUUGUGAUCUUAUGCAGGAUGUAGAAGUGGCCGGUGAUAAAGAAGAUAGUCGAUCAUUACAUAUUACAAUUCAUAAACCGGCAAAUAAUGUUUAUGUUAAAUCAAAUCCACCUGCGUUAAGUGCAAAAUUUACAUUUGAUGAUCAUAUACGAUGUAUGACAGCAAAACAAAAUUUAAAAAAAGGACGUGCUCGAAAACUUGAUCAAAUUCAAACACCAAUAAUUAAUAGUCGAGUGGGAGAAUUUAGAACAGUCGUAUUUGUUAAACCAAUAACAAAAUAA